AUGCGACGAGUAGCAAGAUUAGAGCGGUCAAUUGACCUCGUGAAAACUCAGUCAUCAGCACAUUCUUCGUCCAUUUACCUUUGUUUGGCCUGCAGGAAUCGAGCUGCUCCCUUCUCUACCUCAGCGAUUCGAGCAGCCCAGGUACCAUACACAGAGAAGAUUCGAAAUAAGAUAUGGGGUACAGAUAAACCCCCAGGGCAGGCAAAUCCAUAUGGCGAAGAAAGUGUAUUCGAUCAGACGAAAAAGAAACAGCAGGAGGAGCUAAAAGAAAUGGAAGCCGUGGAGAGGAAACGAAAUGUGGCACCAGCAGCAGACAUGACUACAUACGAGCAAGCAACUACAUGGGGCGACGAUGCAGGAGGACGUAUACCUUGGGUGGGAGGAUUCGGAAACUGGUGGAAGGACAAUUGGGAUCCAGAACAUCGCUACUUAGGAUUUGCACCAAAGUCAAAAAUGGUCAUGAAGGAUCUAGAUCAGAUCACAGCGGCUUUCUACCGAGCUUUGGUGGAGACCUUUGCUUGCAAGCAGGCUGGGCUCCCUCUAACGACUCCCUCAACGAUUGCGGCAUGGAAUCGUAACCAUCGAGUUCGGAUUAGUUUGACGGAAAGUGGUGCUGAACUGGCAUCUGAGGGUCCUUCUUUAGAGCUUAUUAUGCAGUCUUUCAAGCCAGCUGUAGACGAGACCGCGGAACAUGAGGCACCUACCGAGUCCGAGGAGGACGUUGCUGCAGACAGGUCAACAGUAGAUCCAUUGAACCCUGAGUCUACUGCGGAGCCCGUUGAAGAAACAUCUGUACACGAGAAUCCUACCGAAAGCGAGGAAGAUGUAGCGGCAGACAGAUCAACAAUUAACGUUGCCAAGACUUUGAAGCGAAACUACGGAUAUGAGAAGUUUGUCAAAUCUGUUGAUCCUUCCUGGCGUCAGAUUUCCUUAGCAGACCCUGAGAUCAAAUUUGCUGUGCAUAAACGAGUACUAAGAUUGACCGGCAUUCGUAUACCAGACUCGGCCAUUCAACCAUCAAAGACAGCUGGGGCGUUCCUCUCACAUCUUAUUGCGCCACCAAAACCACGCAAGUUAGCACAAGCUUUGCAAGACCAGCGACCUCUGACAUCCCUUCAAAACGUCAACAUAUCGGCAACCAGAGUUACACCUAUCGAUAAGGAGAAGCAAGUUGGGAGGUGGAAACUGAUUGAGCAGGAACUCACGAACAGAGGCCUGCCUGUUACAGGGCAUUAG